ACUUUCCCAGGUUGUUUGCUGCCCCUGCAGUAUGGGAGUAUGUUCCGAAGGAAGGUUGGAUGUUGAGUGCAAGCGUAAUCCAGAACAUUUUUGUGCAGAUUUUUCACAAAACAUGGAAAGGGACUCUUUUGUUUCUGAAGUAGCAGGUUUUGAAUGCAGUCUGAGGCCCAGCUGCCCAGCCCAACUGCCACUGCAGUUUCUCUCUCCCCCUCUCUCUGUCUCUCAUCCCCCCUCCCCUCUCAGUUCCUGAGGGAUUUGUCAUCGUUUUUCUGGCUGAAUCGCUUGCAGGCCCUGAGUGAUUGGUUAGGGCUCAAGACACUCACCCCUCUUUCUUCCUGUGGCAACCCCUCCUCUCAGCCCCUCGCCGUAAAAUGGAAGUGGUUGCGUGAUCAGCCUCAGUGUGACUGGCAGGAGGUGGAGGGUUCAGUUAAAACCCUACACACUAGGAAACCAUUCAGUUUCCUUCCUUGAUUACAGCUGUGAACAGACCCCAGACCUUUCUCUCUCUCUCUCUCUCUCCAUUCUUACACUCCAUUCCUCUCUCCCUGGUGAUACCGCUCCACUCCUCUCUGGUGCUCCACGCCUCCACUUCUCUCUUUCCAUUCCUCCAUUCCUCCUCAUCCUGUGUGGUAGGGCCGAUGUGCUCCAUGGGUUUUGCGCGGUCGCUGGGCUUUGCCCUCCUGCCCCUGGCUGUGUGCGGUAUCGUUGCCAACAUCCUGCUGUUCUUCCCUGGAGGAGAGAUCCAAUAUGUCCAACAGGAGAGACUGUCCAGGCUGAUCUGGUUCAUGAUGGGAAUCGGAGGGGGAGGCGUGUUGAUGUUCCUGCCUGCUGGAGUGUUCAUCAGCCUUGGGAAGUGUACAGGCUGCUGUUGGAAUGAAAGCUUCAUGAUGUGUGGGUCGGUAAUGGCAGCUCUAGUGGGUCUGGCCGGCUCGGGAUACUGUUUCGUCAUCUCAGCCAUGGCCAUGUUGGAGGGACCUCAGUGCUUCACCGCUCUGGGAUGGUCUUAUCCCUUUGCCAAUGAGGGAGGAAGGUACCUGUUGGAGAAGGACACCUGGUCUAAGUGCCUGCAGCCUGUCAGCAUCGUAGAGUGGAACGUGACUCUGCUGUCCAUCCUGCUGGGCCUCAGUGGGCUGGAGUUCAUCAUAUGUGUCCUGCAGGUCAUCAAUGGGCUGGUGACAGCUGUCUGCAGACCCUGCUGCUACAAGCAGGACUACACCCUCAAUGCCUGAACACACACAUAGAUGAGACACACACUCAUACACAGGCACAGACAGACACAGACACAAACACAAACAGACAAAAUGUGAUUAUACAUACACACGCAUGCAUAUAACAUAAGAUCGAUAUGCAUACACAUGAUAUGAUACAUAAGACACAUGCAUACACAUACAAUACACGCCAGGAGUGUGUACAAUGCCAUCUGGGGAACAUUGCUUUCCAAACACCCAUUAUAAUCUCCAGUAAACAUUCUAAGAUGUACUCCUGGGGGCACAUCUCAAUAGUGAAAGUGACUUCCUCUCCUCGUAUCCUUCAGUCCCUGGGCCAGUUUCUAAUCAGAAAGUGUGAUUAACAAGUGAACGCUGCCUCAUCCCUGUAUGAGGGAGAGAUACCUGUCUGAAUGUUCAGUUUAUUUAUAGUAUUCAUUUCAAAGCACUGUAUUAGAAACACACUGAAUGAAUGUGUGUAUUAUACAGACCGGAACUGCAGUAUUUUUUAUGUUUGAUGUCUUAAGUCUACAUUUUACUGAAGCACAAAAGUAUAUAUUUUUUUGUAUGAGAGUUUUGUCUUUUGUAUUACUGUUUUCAUUUUCAGAAAAUUGUUGUCUCGCAGAUGCUAGAUACUAAGAUGUUAAGGCCAUUUUAUAUAUUUAGUGCAAUAAAUACGUAUUUUCCAUUUUA